UUUCUUCGUUCCUCUCGGAACCCGGAGGUGCUGCCCCUGGUUCGGCCCCGGUGGACCGGAUCGGUGGCGUAUUUGGAGGAUCUACUUUGUGUCGGACGGCGGUGCUGCGCCUUUCUCUCUCUCUCCCCGGUGCUAGGCCGCCAUCUUGAAUUUUAAUGUUAAUUUCUAAAAAAAUGUGUUUGCUGUGAUAUUUUCGUUUUCAGGGAGUCAGAUCUGGAUCCAUGAGAAGAACCGCGGUUCUGUGUGACUGAAUAAGCCGGUUUCAAACUCUGGAUCCCCGUCUUCCCCACUCGAGAGCGUUUCUUCAUCUCGGAGACUAAAUGCAACUGGACCAGGGGGCUUGUGGGCAUGAAGUGGCUGGGCGAAUCCAAGAACAUGGUAUUAAAUGGCAGACGACACGGAAACAAGUUGACCAGCGAGCAGCCGGUGAGCCAGAACCAGACUCGCUCUCAGCAUCCACAGCGAGCGUCGCUGCGACACAACAAGAGUCACCCCAGAAACCGAAGAUGUAGCCGCAGGUUUAGUGCAGCCAGUCUGGAGGCGGAGCGGCGCUAUGUGCCGUCCUCAGGAAUGACUGCCAAGGAGCUCUGCGAGAACGAUGAUCUGACCACGAGCCUCAUCCUCGAUCCAUAUCUGGGCUUUCAGACUCACAAGAUGAACACCAGAUUUCGACCGAUCAAGGGAAGACAGGAGGAGCUGAAGGAGAUCAUCGAGCGCUUCAAGAAACACGACAACUUGGAGAAAGCGUUCAGGUCGUUGACGACAGGAGACUGGUCCCGAAACCUGUUUCUGCACAAGACGAAGGCUCAGGAGAAGCUCUUCAAGCAGCAUGUGUUUGUUUAUCUGCGGAUGUUCGCCACCGACAGCGGCUUCGAGAUCCUUCCUUGUAACCGCUACUCAUCCGAGCAGAACGGAGCUAAAAUUGUGGCGACGAAGGAAUGGAAAAGGAACGAUAAGAUCGAGUACCUGGUCGGGUGCAUCGCCGAGCUGUCGGAGAGCGAGGAGAACCUGCUGCUGCGACACGGAGAGAACGACUUCAGCGUCAUGUACUCGACCCGCAAGAACUGUGCACAGCUGUGGCUCGGACCUGCUGCAUUCAUCAAUCACGAUUGUCGGCCAAACUGCAAGUUUGUGUCGACGGGACGGGACACGGCCUGUGUGAAGGUUUUGAGGGACAUCGAACCCGGAGAGGAGAUCUCGUGUUACUACGGAGACGGAUUCUUCGGGGAGAACAAUGAGUUUUGUGAAUGCUAUACGUGUGAAAGACGGGGAACUGGUGCUUUCAAAUCCAAAGCUGGGCUGCCAGUGGAAGUGCCGGUGAUCAACAGCAAGUACGGGUUGCGGGAGACGGACAAGCGUCUGAACAGGCUGAAGAAGCUCGGAGAAGGAAACCGGAGCUCCGACAGUCACUCUGUGGGCUCCCACACCGACGUAGACUCUCAGGAAAUGCCAAAAACACAUCAAUCUGCCAGAAAAAGAACAUCAUCAUCUUCAUCCUCAUCUGGCCUGAAGUAUAAAAACAGGACUCAAACCAGACAGACUUUGUCCAGAGCCCUUUCUACCUCAUGUUCCAAACAAGGUCGUGUAAACAAUAACAGGGUACCAAAGAGACUAAAAUCCCAAUCCAAGCCUUCACUAAGUAAAGUCCAGUUGCGGAGUCGCAGGCGGGCGGCGGAGCCCAAGGCGUCGGCCAAAGGAGAGACUUGCCAGCUGGGUCUCAGGGACUCGAAGGUGUCGCUGUGUAAAGGCGUCACCGUCAAGAAGGAGAAGGACGGUGGUCAGGAUCUGGUCCAGCCGGCGCCGGGCCAGCGGGGCUGCAUCACUCGCCACGCCGCCAAGGAGAACGGCAACACGGCAGCUGUGCAGAGCAGCGAGGGCAGCCAGUGCUCGACGUACAGGACUCGCAGGUCCACACGGACGCUUGUAAAAGCCCAGGAAACGGCGGCUGGCGUUAAGCUGGAGCCCAGCGCCAUGGACGGCCUGAGCCCGGUGCCCGGAGGAGUGGUCAUCAAGACGGAGCCGGCCGACAUGGAGGAGUACCUCCACCACGGGGUGGCGCUGGAGCAGCCGGCCUUAGACGCCGGCUACGCCCGGAGAGGCUCCCGCACGAGGCGGAAACGGCCGACGCGGCUCCGGGCCGAGCGGACGAUUAAAUGCGAGGACUCGUACGGUGAGCCGUACAUGCCGGGCGCCGGCAGCCACGCCGCCGGCUUCUCAGACUGUGGGAACGUGCUGCUGAGCUUCGCCGACCGGCACAGGGACUACAACGGCGUCUCCAACGGCAGCAAGUCCCUCCGCAGGGACAAGGGCAAGAGCAGCUGCCGGUCGCAAGACAAGGGCAAGAAGAAGCGCCGCAUCACGAGAUACGACGCUCAGCUGAUCCUGGAGAACAACACGGGGAUCCCCAAACUGACGCUCCGCCGGCGGAGAGACAGCAGCAGCAGCAAGACCAACGACCCCGGGGACGCCAUCGGCUCCUCCAACCUCGCCUCCGCCGCCGUCAACUCGGCCUCCUCCAGCAAGAUCAGCAUCAAGUUCAGCAAAGACCACGACAAGGACAAAGGCAGCUCCUACAUCGCCAAGCUGAACAACGGCUUCGCCCCCGUCGUCCACGGCAACGCCACCAAGCUGAAGAUCCAGCUGAAGCGGGAGGACGAUGCUCGGAGAAUAGCCCACACUAAGGACCAGAUGUCCUACAACGGGGACAUGGGCCAGAGUCUGGAGGCCCGGAAUGGGGGACAUCGGACCCAAAAGGUCCUGGCGGAGCCUUCGUCCGACGAGGACGACGAGGAAGGCGAGGAUGACGACGACUACUUCGACAACGAGUUCGAAGACGAUUUCAUUCCACUUCCUCCGGCGAAGCGUCUGCGACUGAUCGUGGGCAAAGACUCCAUAGACAUCGAUAUCUCCUCCAGGAGGAGAGAGGAUCAGUCUCUGAGGCUCAAUGCAUAAGCUGUGGACCUUCCUGUAAAUAACACGACCCGCUAAUCAACUGUUGUGUUGAUGUAAAAGAAGUACAGUAAUUUAAACACAAGAAAAUUGCUGAAUUAAGACUCUGAAUGAACGUUGCUAGAGGGUGCUGUUAACCUAAAACAAAGCUCUGUUCCUCACUUCAGUCAACAACACGCGUCAUUUUAGUUCUAUUAAUGCGACGUUUACUCACCACCGCCAUGGCAGGACUCUGGUCCGUCUGCAGAGUGAGAACGGAGCCUUUGUUUUACGUUGAACUAUUCCUUUCAGUGAAUGCACUUGUUAUAUUCAUAAUGGACAUGGAUAUUGUAGAAAGUGUACAGUAUGGUGACUAUCCCCUCUGUCUCAUAGGCAGGUUUUUAUUGGUCCUUUGAUUUUUGUCUCAUAGUUUGUAAGUUCUUGUGGCGAGCAGGUCGGUCCGAGUGUUCUAACAUCAGCCGGUCCGGUGCCAUGUUCCCAUCAGCACGGCGCUCCUCCUCCUGUUGUCUCAGCAUUAAUCCGUUGGUCUGCAGAGUUCAAUCAUCGUGUCAAACCUGAGCGAUCAUGAAGUAUUUUUAUAUUCGUCCAGACAUUUUAUCCACCGCGUGGGGCAGAAGAGUCGGGCCGCAGCGAACCAAAGAAAUCCAGACGGACCGAAACAGAACCGAUCAAUUCAUCGCAGCUUUAAUCAGUUAAUCCUAAUCAGCGUAUGAAGCUCAUAUGAGAGACCAGACUGGGAGCAGAGCAGCUACUUCUACAUGAUCUGAACCCGUUAGUUUGACUCCCAGUAAAUACCGACCGGACCGUCUCCAUCGGGUUCCACCAGAAGAACAGGCUCCGGUCCUGUUAGAACUCUGUCAAGUUAAUCGGACUCCCCAGUGUCGCGUUUUAAUGAGAUAUCUGACAAAGAAAAGCCAGAAUCAGAACGUUUCUCGUCGUUUGACACCCAGCGAGGUUCUGGAGCUUCGGUCGGUCUGGACGCUGCAGCCCAAACGGGCGUGGUGCACGUGGAGCGUCGUUCUGAUGUAAAUACGUUGAUUAAGCUGCAUUCUCACCAGAAAUAAAAGCACACGAGGUUUUGUAAUCAGCUCUGGUCUGUGGUGGGAACAUGGCACACGUGGUGGUCGGGUCACCGAGGCCACGCCAGGCUGCACGAGUCAUGUACAGAACGACUGGCUGCUGUCCUCAGAUCAUCAUCUCCACCGUCACCUUUAGUAAUCAGAGUCGUGGAAGUGACGCCGUUGACACUAGAGUCUGAGGAGAGGCUUCCCCGUCUGAACUGUCCUAGCUAGAAUCAUGUACUCUCUCUCUGUGGUGCUACUUUGGUUUCCUCACAUGUGUUCCUCCUGGCGACGGGGGGAUGGUGGCAGCAUUAACUUCACAAUACAGUCGUGUGUGUAGCCGGCUUCACUUGUUUUCUUUACAGGAGCACACAAACAGACGGGUGACGGGUUAAAGGAACGACCGGAACAAACGCUUCAGGUGUCGGAGCUCUGAGGACGAACCUCCUUGAGCAGAUCUAGAAGUGAUGGGUUCUGCAGAGCGUCGGGAGGUCCAGGCCUUCAGCGCCACACAUGCACUUUCUCAUGUCUCCUGUUCUUCAUAUCGGAGGUGUAGCUCCUAAACCGGACCACCCGUUUGCUCCAUCGCGUCCUGCGCUGACACUAGCCGUGUUCCCAUGACAGACUUUUACCUGCAUUUUUAAUUUAUCACAUUAAAAAGUUCAUAAAACAGCAACCUGUUAAAUUUGGCCUUUUAUUUUUUAAAUGCUACCUUUUUGUGAAAGUCUUGAUGCGCUUCCUGUUUCCUGGAAGCGUCCAUCAGCCUCCGUCUCAGUUUCAAACCAGCGGCUGUGAAGGAAUCGUUCGAUGAUUAGUUCAGAGGUGGACGGACACCUUUAGUUUGUUUAAGGUUUUUUAGCGGUUAGCGAACAAACCGAAGUCUUGCUUCCCUCCUCCAGCUGAACCUUGUGUUGUUUCAUGUUUAGCUCACCGUGGACAGACGUCACCUGUUGACGCUCUGAGAGGCUCAGACCGGUUCCUCCUCUGGUUCAGAACAUCCAGAACAACAACCAGAACCAGAAGCUGUUUAUGGAGCAGCGUCUCAACGUUUGCUUCAGGUUGACUGGAGGUUGUGUUUAUGGGACACGGCUAUUCUCAGCCUCCUGUCGGUCCUGCAGGUGGCGCUGAAGCUCACAGAGCAGCUACCCUUGUGUUGGUGUUGCUGAAACACGAGUUAGCUUCUGUGCUGAGCUGCUUUAAACGCCGGCAGCUGAAACUGAACCAGACUUAUUGGACCUAGAACAUGCUGAAUGUUUCCUAAAAUCACUGCAGCGCAGAGCAGAACCGGUUUGAUCAGUGAAACCCAGAAGACAUCAGGUGAAGAGUUUCUGAGCUCCGUGAGCGGUCCAGACUCGUCCUGUACGAGCACGCUUUCCUUUCAAACAUCUAAAUUGUUCCUUCAGUGUCUGUGUGAACCGGCUGAGCAGCUCGUGGCAGGAACUGCUGCAUUUUAGGGAACCAGAACCUUUGUUCUGACCACAGGACCCGACUCUGUGGAGGAACGAGGACCUGAGAAGCUGCAGCAGGCGGUUAUCGUCCAGCAGCUCCUCCUCUCUGACGUCACCACCGACAAAAGUCCAACAGAACCAACGUUUGGGAACUUUUUCACUUCAGCUGUUUAGAAGCUUCAUAGAUCAGAUUCUGUAGCUGGUCCCAGGAGGAGACGCUGGAGAUGUUUUCAUCAGUUCUUCUCUCAUAAUUUCAGCUGUUAGUUCUAAGGUUCUGUCCGGUCGUCUCCACGUUCAGGUUCUGUCUCAUGGUUCUGGCCUCAUGUCGGCUUCUUCCUCAGACUUUAGGGUUUGUGUCUGAUCAUUAUUCAUUUGAUCUUCGUUUUGAUUUCAUAAUUUCGAGUUCUGUUCGGUUAUUCUCUCAGUUCAUGUCGUGAUGAAGCUGCUUGAUCCGACCGGAACCAGAACAGGCUGACGAGGAAGCAGUUUCUCUAGUUUCCUCCUGACUUCCUGUGGGGGUAACCAAUCAGUGAGAAGCUCUCUCAGCAGAACCAGAACUGGAGCAGGAACCUUUUUUCUCCUGAAAGAGGUUCUACGAGGACAGUUCUGGAGGUCCGAACAUGCACAAAGGUUCGGGUCGCCCUAAAGCGGUGAGACCUCGGUCAUCUGAGGAGGUGCUGCUCCUCGGUUCUUUGUGAACAGAACCUGGCCCGGUUCACUGACCUCCUGACUUUAUGUUUCUUGGGGACUGAAGCUCCUGCCGUCUGGGCCCAAACUGCUCCAGAUGUUUCCACCUUGAUGCAGAACAAAUCACAGGACUGGAUCACGUCGGUUCGGGUUCUUCCUCUAGUCCGUCACCCGUCUGGACUUCCAACAGCAUCCGGUGCCUUAAAGAGCGUUCUGACACGUGUCGCCCGACGGCUGAUCAGCGCAGAGUGAAAACGCGACGCCAUCUGCUUCCCGUCAGUCCUUCUGUAUAUUAUUUAGCCGUGUGCAGGUGACGGGCCGGUCCGGUCCGGUCCGAGGGAUCAACUGAAUGUUAACCCGUUUGUUGUGUUACUAGUUCACAUCACCAGCAGCUAACCACCUCCUGCGUCCCGCCCACACCGUAGACUCCUCCAGUGUCCGUCUGUGUGCUCUGUGUCCAGUAGGCCGCCGUCACCAUCUCAAAACACAAAAGAGAAAAAAAAAUCUAAACAAAUGUGAAUAGUUUGCGGACAUUUUAGCGUGUUGCGUGGCUAGUGGGAAACAUGUAAAGAGAAUUAAGAAUGGGCAGUGCGUAUAUUGUCCAAUAUGUAAAUCAUGUGAACACAUCUUGUACUUAUUUAACAGUUUUGAAUACUUGAAAACUAUAUAAAGUUUCUUUGUGACUCUU